AAUUCAUAGAAUCUUAAUCUGUUAAGCUGGAAAGGACAUUAAAGAACACCUAGUCCAGCCCCGGCAUUUUACAGAUAUGGGGACUGAGAUGCAGAGAGGCUGAGUCAUUUGUCUAAUGUUAUGCACUUGGUGACAGGCUGGAAGAGAAAUAUGGUUUCUUGAUCCCUGGUCUGAAGUUCUUUCCACUAGGGAAUAUUGACUAACUGGGGACAUCUCUAUGUUUGCUGAAAGCCAAAAACUAUGUUAUUCAUCACGUGGGUUGCCUUCUUACAGAGAAAAAUCAUGUCUUCCUCCAGAGUGGGGCUUCAUUUGCCUGCCUGUUUACUAAACAUUUCAGAAGCCAGAAGAAAAUACAUUGUUGAGAACACAGCAAAAGUAGCUCUUCUUGACAAAAAUGGGAAGAAACAUCCUUUAGUGUCAGUGCUCAAUAUAUUUUCUGAUCAAGACUACAAUAGAUCAGUCAUUACAAUAGCAGCUUCUGUCGAUCAGUUGGGCAGUUCUGUUCUGGCUGCCUGCCUAGAGGCCUUCCAGGCUAUUGUUAGGGAAUUUUAAGAAGGAAUCCAUCCUUGCCUGGGAGCAGUGGACCUGAUUCCAGUUUACCUUCUCUCUGGUGUCACAGUGGAAGAGUGUGGAGUGGUGGCCAGAUGUAAGAGAAAGUUUGGGCUUAUAUGUUCUUGCUUACUGGAAACCACUGUUACAAACCGAAAUAGCUUGUGAAAAUCUAAUCACUCCUCAACCCCCUGGGAAAAACUGAUUGUGAAAACUAUAUCAACAAUAAGCAUUCUUGGGUCGCUGUGGCCCAUUCUGUGUUUGUGACUCCUCCACUUCCUACCCCAUGACAUUAUGGAAUACUAAAUGCUGUGGGAUAUGGCAAAAAAGAAAAAUCAAUAAUUUUAUCCCCUACAAAUUCACAAUAGAUCAUGAGGAAACAAUAGUAGUUUCUAGUAAGUCCUUUAGACUCUUCAGGGCAGAACAACGGUAUGUUUUGCCUAUCUGUGUCGUAUUUUCUUGAGCAAGGGUAAUGAUGAGGUUGAAAAACCACUUAUAUGUUAACUUUUACCCCUUUUUCCUCUGACUUUUUUUUUUUUUUUCUUUUUUCCCUGUGUACAACCCUCUCUAAGAUUUUCUUUAGAGCUGAACUGUCACUUGCAUGAUUUCAGCCCCAGGGGUAAGGUUCGUUUGGAAAAUUUGAGCUAUAUCACUUGAGGUGUUGUUGAAUUAGGCAAAUUUGGGGAAAAGACCUUUUGCCUGGACUGUCUAACUGUACCAUGGUUAAUUACAAGAUACAGAGGCUUAUAAUCUUCGGGGAAAAAUAUGCCUUAGGAUAAUUGCAUUCUUUUCUGUAUGACCUCAGAAAUCCUUCUAUGAUGUUGCCUCAUUUUUAAUUAAUGGUGAAUUGUCUAACAUUUGGGAUGUAGAUUUGGACUUUAGCUGAGCUACAUCAAGCACCAGAUAGGAAAUGAGACUUGCUUCUAGAGGACUACCUCACUACUUAUGCUGCAUUUUUAUGUGAUCUGACAGUUGAAAGGCUAUUUCCAAGGGAAUCUUGGCCCUAGAUUCGCUUGACGUUAUCCAAGAAAGAGUUAAAAUUCAGCAAGGGGGAAAAUAUGUUCCACGCAAAAAUGAAGAGUUUAGAAUUGUCCAGACCAGAAUAAUGAUUCUAAUUGUCUUCAAAACAAUUAUGGACAAUUACAUUAAAUCUCAAAUUAGCUAGUACAUGAAGUUCUUCAUUACAUCAGGACCGGUCCACCCCAGAUGUUCGUCCUGCAUAGGAGACAGUUGAGAAUCAGUGAGUCUGGACACAGGAUUUCUCCCUUCCCUUGCCCUUUGCUUCAUUGGCAGCUACUGUACCUCAUGAUUUAAACAUGGACAUUUCUAAUUAAAUGAGAGCUCAGCUGCAUUCUUGAACUAAUUUAUAACAUUUGAUUUGAAAUGUAAUAGCUUCAAUCUUCAUCUGAUUAGAAACAGUCCUAUACUGUACAUGGUUACUAUUUUGAUGCUCCAACAUGCAGUUUUUAUUUUUACAUUCCCUUUUCUACACAGCUGUUCAUCUAAUAUCAUCCAAAUUUUUAAAAAAGUUUUUUUCUUUUUUUUUUUUUUGUAACAGCAUGCCCAGGCAUUAUUAUGAGGCAGAAAUAUUCACAUUCUAGGAUCCCGCUGUUCUCAGAACAGUGAAAGGAUGUUUUUUCCUAAAAUAAGACUUUCCCAGGGAAGCCAGCUUUAAGAUAAUAAUCAGCUAACUUUCUCUGGACAAAGGGCAAUGAAUAGCAUCCCAGUGACAUAAAAGAGUUGAUACCAAUAUGUGUAAUUUAUGUAUACUUUGUAUGCAAAAAUGCUGAAUAAUAUAUUUCAGAACUUUUUAAUAUCAGCUGUAAGUUUGC